AUCUCUCGGCGCAUAACAUGGCCUGCGACUGUUUUCAGUGCCUUGUUUCUUGACAGUACCAGCCAUAGUCGCCUAUAUCAAGCUCAUUCCCUGAAGGGACCUGUUUUUGAGACAAGUUCUUGUAACGAUCUCAACACCGCUCCUCCCGAGAAUUUUACCUGGCGACCUUCUCACUACACCGUCUGCAUCAUCCCACUAGCAAAUAUCGAACAUGGCGACUAAGGCUCCGUUGUCAAUGGCCGAUGGCCCCUUUGACGACAAGAAACAGGUCGACGAGGAAGCCCCUGUGAACGCAGUAGAGCCAGGGCAGCUGCAACAAGAAAUCCUGGGGGUGUUGGAUCUGGAUCCUGCCCUCAACAGCAAAAUGCAUCUCGUCAACAAUGCCUUGGACGAAAUCGGGUGGACACCAUAUCACUGGAAGUUGUUCUCUUUGACCGGAUUCGGGUACGCCGUCGACGCCCUGCAGCUCUCUUUGCAGGGAAUCAUUGCCGUGCAGGCGGUCUAUGAGUUUCAGCCGUCUUACACAAAGGGACUCACCAUUGCGGUGUACGUGGGCAUGCUGGUGGGUGCUCUGUUCUGGGGAACCACCGCCGACAUCAUCGGCCGCAAGGUCGCAUUCAACGUGUCAUUAUUCAUCUGCUCGAUUUUCACCAUCGUCGCAGGCGCAGCCCCCGACUGGGACUCUCUCGGCUUCUUCAUAGCAAUGGCCGCCUUUGGCGCCGGAGGGAAUCUCAUCCUGGACACUACGGUGUUCUUGGAGUACUUGCCAUCUUACAAACAGUACCUUGUGAGCUGUUUGGCGGCCUGGUGGGGGAUCGGAUGUACCAUUGCUGGAUUGGUUGCGUGGGCUUUCAUGACAAACUACAGCUGUGCCGACCCAAGCCUGGCUCCCUUUACCACGUGCACGAAGUCCAGCAACAUGGGCUGGAGGUACUUGAUGUACACCAUGGGAGCCCUGAUCUUUGUCAUGAGUCUCUUGCGAGUUACCGUGAUCCGUCUCAAGGAGACGCCCAAGUUCCUGCUGGGUCAAGGUCACGAUGCUGAACUCGUCGACAACCUCCGAUCUCUCGCCGCAAAGUAUGGCCGGCCUUGCUCCCUCACGCUGGAGCAGCUCGAGGCGUGCGGAACCAUUCGCACCGCCCACUCGAGCAAGACCUUCUCCUUCGGGGAACUCUGGCUCCACGUCAGUAGCCUGUUUUCCACGGUCAAGGUGGCAUACACCACCGGCCUGGUCUGGUUGUCUUGGGCCAUGAUUGGCCUUGCCUACCCGCUCUUCAACGUCUUCCUGCCUUACUAUCUGCAGAGCCGCGGGGUCAGCUUUGGCGUGACGAGCGCCUACGAGACGUGGCGAAACUAUGCCCUGGUCCAAGUGUGUGGUAUCUUUGGCCCUAUUCUGGGAGGGUACAUGUCCAAUGUACGCGUGUUGGGUCGUCGAUACACUAUGGUGAUUGGGGCCCUGCUCACCAUGGCCUUCUUCUUCGCCUACUCUCAAGUCACUUCGCAGGCUCAAAAUGUCGCAUACAGCUGCAUCAUCUCCUUCACCUUGGAGAUCUACUAUGCGGUCCUUUAUGGCUUCACGGCCGAGGUGCUGCCAUCGGCUCACCGGGCUACGGGCAACGGCAUAGCGGUUGCCUUUUGUCGCCUGAUGGGGGCCAUGUCGGCUGUGAUUGCGACAGCAGCAAACACCAACACAUCUGCGCCAGUGUUCAUUUGCGCUGCACUCUACGGCGCGUUGGCCCUGUGUGCGUUCCUGUUCCCCUUCGAACCAUAUGGAAAGAGAGCUUCGUGAGCUUUGAUGAUCACACUUGCGGGCCUUGGGGACGUCGUGGUGGUUCGGAGGCUGAGUCUGUUGAGAUCCCCCGGGAAAGAGACUGGAAGAGACAGUAAGGGCCCUCGGAUGCGCGGAAGGGGAGGUAUCCCUAGGGCGGCAUUGUGCUGGGGCGGUCUGGUCCUCCUACUUUUGGUGCACUUGCAUAGAAUUCAC